CGAAUCACAUGUCGCCCCUAGUUCAAAAUGGCGGCUGAUCCUUGGAAGAGGUGUGUUUAUGUGCUCUCUAUAUGCUGUAGUGUUUGGGGUCUAGUUUCUCCAAGUUCUAAUGGAAAUGACGCCACUAACUUCCUUAUCGGGACAGGGAUCGGUGACAUCACCGGACCAGCUGCUGAAGUGAACAUGAUGGGUUAUGCCAAUCCUUCACAAACAAGCAAUGGCAUCCAUCUGCGCCAGUAUAGUCGAGCGUUUGUGUUUGCUGACAGUGGCAACAAGACUCGGACUGUAUUUGUGAGCACAGAUUCUUGCAUGGUCUCUGAAGAUGUCAAACUAGAGGUUGUGAAGAGGCUGCGCAGUGAGUAUGGGAGCCUGUACACAGAGAGGAAUCUGUGCAUCAGUGGUAUACACACUCAUUCUGGACCCGCAGGCUUCCACCAGUACCUGUUGUUUGAGAUUACCUCCCUUGGAUUUGUCAAUCAGUCCUUUGUAGCUCUGGUAGAUGGCAUUGUUGAUAGUAUCCGCAUGGCCCAUAGCACUGUCCGUCCUGGCAACAUUUUCAUCAACAGCGGGGAACUACUGAACUCCAACAUCAACCGCAGUCCUGCUGCAUAUGCCAACAACCCAGAAGCAGAGAGAAAGAGGUAUAAGUACAAUGUUGACAAGAACAUGACUGUUCUGAAGAUGGUGGAUGCUGAAGGAAAGGACAUUGGCAUGAUCAGCUGGUUUGCUGUGCACUGUACAAGUAUGAACAACACGAAUGGCCUGAUCAGUGGCGACAACAAGGGCUACGCCUCUCAGCUGGCAGAGGAAAUUAUGAACAACGGCGCACAACCAGGAAAGGGAGCGUUUGUUGCUGCAUUCGCGCAGAGCAAUGAAGGAGACGUGUCCCCUAAUACUAAAGGCCCCCACUGCAUUGACAGUGGUCUGCCAUGUGAUAUACUGACAAGCACCUGCCAUGGCAAGAACGAGCUGUGCAUUGCAGCGGGUCCUGGCCGAGAUAUGUUCGAGAGCACCAAGAUCAUCGGAGAGAAUCAAUACAACAAGGCCAUGGAGCUGUACCAUGCUGCCACCAUCAUGCUGUCGGGCCCUGUAGAUUUCCGACACACAUAUGUUGAUAUGACAGAUGUAGAUGUGGCAGUCAAUGGUACAACUGUGAAGACCUGCAAGCCAGCCAUGGGCUACAGUUUUGCCGCUGGCACCACCGAUGGACCGGGAAUGUUUGAUUUUAAACAGGGAUCAACAUCAACUAACCCUCUUUGGAAUUUGAUACGAGAUUUCAUCAAAACUCCGACUCCUGAUCAAGUUUCAUGUCAUGCCCCUAAACCAAUACUGCUGGAUACUGGCGAGAUCAGUUGGCCAUAUCCUUGGCAACCAGCAAUUGUUGACGUCCAGAUACUCCGACUUGGCCAGCUUGCCAUCAUUGCAGUACCAGCAGAAUUCAGUACAAUGUCAGGGCGCAGGACAAGAGAUGCUGUCGCAGCGACUCUGGUAUCCGGUGGCUUCCCUCAAGACACAGUGCCAAUAAUAGCUGGACUGUCCAACACCUAUGCUGAUUAUGUGGCUACUUUUGAGGAAUAUCAGGUCCAGCGCUAUGAGGGAGCAUCCACUACAUACGGGCCUCACACUCUACAGGCAUACAUACAGACCCUAGUAGGACUAGCACAGGAUAUGACCAAAGGCACACCCUCCCCUCCUGGCCCUGACCCCCCUAAUCUGCUUGACCGCCAACUGUCCUUCCUGCCGCCGGUCAUCUUUGACGCAGCUCCAGCAGGCACGACAUACGGGGAUGUGGUCGUCGAUGUUCAGCAGGAGUAUAAGCAGAACUCGACAGUAACGGUAUCCUUCAUCAGUGGUGAUCCAAGAAAUGCUCUAAAGAGAGAUGAGACAUUCCUGACGGUGGAGAGACAGCGAUCAGCGACGGAGUGGGACGUCAUCUUCACUGACUCCAGCCGACACACCAGGUUCUACUGGCAUCACACAAAUUAUAUCCUGGGUGAAAGUGAGGCUGAGGUCACCUGGAACAUCCCAGCCAGUCAGGAGCCAGGAACAUAUCGCAUCAAACAUUUUGGAGAUCACAAGAACAUCCUCGGGGCAAUAACAGCCUUCUCGGGGACAUCAAGCUCCUUUCAAGUGAAGGCUACAAGCAAUUGACCAGUACUGUCUCUCCUGUAGAUGUGUGAAGUUAGGACAUAGCAUGGAAAAAGUGUGGUACACAAUUGUACAUGAUUUCUUUCUGUUAGAAGAUUUAUAAUACAUUGUUAAUAAUAGAUGAUUCUGUUGAAGGAAACUGAAAAUAAAUAGCACUUAAAUGAAAUUCUCCAAGUUCAUAAUAUCAUGAAUUGAACGUUUAUAUGCAUUUGAUAUUCUGAUAAGAUUAAGAUGUAUAAAUGUGUUUUGGCUAUUUAUUUUUAUCAAUAUUCUUAUAGUUGAUGGUGUCUUUUAAGUAUUAUUUAUCAAAUGGAAGAAAAUAUUCCUGCACUUACUAUGCAGUUUGUAGCUCAAUUGGAUUGACUGUGAUAUCGAGACAGUUGCUGAAACAGGUUUUUGGAUUCAUCCUGAAGAUUUGUUUGUUUAAAGAUGAUGAUCUUUCAUGGAAUAGAGUACACGCUGUUGUGAGAGAUAGGUUUUACUGGUUUUAUUCAAAAUGAUGUAUCCAAUGCUUCUUAUUCAGGUGAUAUUUCUAGAUGAAAUUUGUCAUAGAGAUCAGUCUAGUGGUGGACUGGUGCCUUUUGAUGAUUUGUGAUUUUGAAAAAUACUGAAGAACAUUAUUCUUUUCUUCACUGAACUGAAGGUAUCCAUUGGCUAUGAACCCAAAAUUGGGUUAAAGUUGCCAAACUCCAUUUUUGAAUUGCACCAGACCGGGGAUAUGUCAUCUCCAGAUGACUCUUGUUCCAAAUGGUGUAUCCACAGUCUCCUGUUAAGGUGAUAUGAAGCAUACAUAUGGAACUAGCAGUAACGUUUUCCAUCAACACCUUCCCAAUCAGGGCCCUAUAUGUCUGCAUGCUCCUAGUGCAUGUCAUAAUGUUUCAAAAUGGAGUUUAACCCAUACUUCUCCACACAACAUUGAUCUUUGAACACAUUGAAUACCUCUCAGCUUUAUGUAUCCACCGUAUCAGCAGUCCCUGUGUUACGUGGAAUUUGUCAUGCUUUUUGGGGCUUGAUGUCAUCAAACAGUGGGUACUUCAAGUUUAGGUGUUCAUGUUUCAACUUGGAUAUAUUUUUGGUAUCAGGGUGAAACCUGGUUUUGUCUGCUGCAAAUAGGUUUUCAUGUGAACAUGCACCUGGUGCAAGUUAAAUCAUGUUUCUUAAAUCGAGCCUUGCCAAUUGAAAUGAGUACAUGUGCCUUAGAAUGCCUUCACUGAGUGUUUUAACUGAUAGUAUACUACUCUUCAAAUGCUAAGGAUCAAAAUAGUCGUCUUUAGUCAAAGGUGUGGUCCUUAGCAAAUGUUAAGUAGUAUAGCUGCCUCCGGUUCUAUACUGCUUUCAACACUGACUGCUCACAUAUAGAGGUACUUGCCAGCACUCUUCUCAGGGAUGAAUAAGAUCUAUCUCAGGUUACAGAGCGCUGUGAAGGACACAUAGUGUCCAUUCAUAUGCAGCAGCAGCAGUGUCAGUAAUUUAUUUUGUAAAGUGUCUUCUCUUGAUAUUCUAUUUUUAUUCUAUUUAAUAUUAAUGUUAGGCAACUAUGCUAAUAACACACUGAUGGGAUCGGGUGGUCAGGCUCACCGACUUGGUUGAUGCAUGUCAUCGAUCCCAAUUGCGUGGAUCGAUGCUCAUGUUGUCAAUCACUGGAUUGUCUGGUCCAGACUCGAUUAUUUACAGACCGCCGUCAUAUAGCUGGAAUAUUGCUGAGUGCUGCGUUAAACAAGAAACAAACAAACAAUAAUAUUCAUGUUCUUAAAUAGAAGCCUAUCAUUGAAGUAAGUUUAUACAACUGUCAUAUACAUGAAGGGUUUGGAACUUCAGCCGACAUUUUGUACCUUUUUUCUAUGAGCAUGAAUGCUUAAAUGAUAAUUAUUUUGUUACAGUAUUUUACUGAUGUGUUGUUGUCUGAAUACGAUUUGUUGAUUUAUAAUAUGGACGUUUAUUUGAUUAAAAAAAUGUUACACACGCUA